CGUUACCCCACACUUGUGAAAUUGUCGUGCCAGACGGAGUAGUUUUUCCGAGAAAAAACGAAAACUAGUAAAUAAAUCUCGCAAACAUGAAGGUUAUUUACAAUACCCUGUUCAAACGCACCUCCACCUACGCCGUGGCCAUCAUCGCGUCGGCCUUCUUCUUCGAGCGCGCCGUGGACGUCAGCUCGAACUUGAUCUUCGAGUCCGUCAACAAAGGCAAACUCUGGAAGGACAUCAAGGGCAAAUACGAAUAAAUGAAUACGAUGUGAUGUAAUUAGCAUAAUAAUCAACGUUUAUUCUAAACGAAACGAAAAUAACUAAA